UUAUGUUAUAGAUAAUUUAGACUAAAGGAGAAUAUUGAACAAAAACGAACAAUCAUUUCACUUCUCGUGUGUCAAUUAUGUAUUUGAUCAUAAGGGACAUUUUGUUAAUAAAUUAUUUUGACUGAAGGAUAAAACGAACCAUCAUUUCACUUCUUGGGGGCCACGGUAUUUUGUACAAACUGGGAAACUGCAUAGAGCCGUAUAAGCUGGCUUUUCGCCAAGCCGUUGUUUACCAAGUCGUCGCACAUACAGACAAAAUGACGGAUAAAUCCAGCAAAAACAAUAACCACGUGAACGGGCAUCCGCCGCCUGAGCGCGUUCCAUCCAAGACAAUCGAACCUCCGCUCAACCCCGGUGUGGCAAACAUCCGAGGAUACCCGACCAUAGGCGGUCUUGAGCCACAGUCGAGCCGUGGGGCCGCGUACAUGCGCAACACCGCGCGUAUCGUGAAACGAGAUAGCCACGAUGAGAAACGAGAUUUCGGCAAAGGAGAAAAGUUUAAGUUGAAGAGGAGAUGUAACAGUAUCGUGAUUGAGGAUGAUGACGAUAUUCGAAAUCUUGAGGAGAACGUUCGCAACCUCAGAAUCUCCAGUCCUUCCGGCCUGGGCAAAACCACCUCCAUGAUAUUUACGCUUAGGAAUACGGUGGGAUGCCUCGUUAACGCGCUCAAAGUUUUCGAGGAGAACAACAUCAACAUUGUGCACAUCGAGUCACGGAAGAGCGACCGGGCGCCAGAAAUGUUCGAUAUCUACGUGGAGCUCGAGACGGACAACAUCCGGUUGCAGGAACUCAUUCGGCGUCUCAAGAAGCAGGUGGCCAGUAUCACACUCAACGACUUCCUGCUCCCGCAGUCGCCCGUCACAACAGCCUCCAUGCCGAAAGACAUAUUAGCAUCGUCGCCAUGGUUUCCGAAGACGGUGUAUGAGCUGGAUCACAAUGCCAACCGCGUGCUGAUGUACGGAACGGAGCUGGACGCUGAUCAUCCGGGAUUCAAAGAUAAGAACUACAGACAAAGAAGAGAAUGUUUCACACAACUAGCACUGAACUACAGACAAGGGCAACCGAUUCCGAGGAUCGAAUACACUGAAGAAGAGAGGCGGACUUGGGCGACUGUUUUUCGUGAGCUGACGGCACUUUACCCUACCCACGCGUGUAGGGAGUACCUAAGGAACUGGAAACUGUUGGAGGAAUGCGGGUACAGAGAAGACAACAUUCCACAGCUUCAAGACGUGUCGGAGUUUCUGAAAGGUCGGACUGGUUUUACCCUGCGCCCAGUGGCCGGGUACCUGUCGUCGCGUGACUUCCUGGCCGGCCUGGCGUUCCGUGUUUUCCACUGCACACAGUAUAUCCGCCACGGAUCGGCACCGCUGUACACACCGGAACCGGACUGCAUUCACGAGCUGUUCGGCCACGUGCCCCUGUUCGCGGACCCAAGUUUUGCGCAGUUCUCCCAGGAGAUGGGCCUCUGCUCCCUCGGGGCGUCUGACGACGAGAUUGCCAAACUCGCAACGUGCUACUUUUUCUCCGUGGAAUUCGGUCUCUGCAAGCAGGACGGCGAACUGCGCGUGUUCGGUGCGGGCUUACUCUCCUCAGUUAGCGAGCUGCAACACGCGCUGACGGACAAGAGCGUGAAGAAGCCGUUCGAUCCGCUGACCACGUGCGAGCAGGAAUGCCUGAUCACGACCUUCCAGGACGUGUACUUCUACACGGAAAGCUUUGAGGACGCCAAGGAACAGAUGAGGAGUUUCGCAAGCACGAUCAAGCGUCCAUUCGCCGUUCGCUUCAACCCGUACACACAGAGUGUCGACGUGCUGGACAACACACGCAACAUCGGCUAUCUCGUCAGCGAGGUGAAAGGUGAGCUUUGCAUCGUAAGUGAUGCGUUGCGGCGCGUGCAGCAGAUAGAGAAGGCGCGCAUGCGCGGAAAGGGGAUCGACAAGGCCAUGGAGAUGUCCAUUGACGAACACGUGGAAAACGGUGAACAGUCGGACGAAUCGGACACACAUACAGGCUAUGCGAACGGUGUGCACAAAUAACGACACGUUUGAUUCUUAUUCUUGAAUGUGAAAGAGGAUAUUUACUAAUAUUGUUGAUUUCAUGUGAACAGUUAUUAAGAAAAGGUGUCGUUGUUGAAUGUGAUACGAUUGUAUUAAGAUCUAUUUUUAUUGUUAUUGAUUGUGAUGUAAUGCAUUAUUUCCUAGAAACGAAACAAAUGUUUGAAAUAAGCUCAUUUUUUAAUAUUUUAAGUUGCUAUGUGGUAUUUGCAUGAAUUCAGUUAAACAUAAACAUAUAUGUGAACUUAAAAGUAUGUUCAUUCAACAAAACUAAAACUAUUUCUCGUUUAAAAAACAUAAGACAUGCUAAUUGCUGUUAAUGAAAUACAGUAGAUCAUAAUGUAUUAAUACCUUAUGCACUGAUGUCAUUUGAACUCCUGUUUUUAUGCGAGCAUUUUGCAAUUUUCUCAUUAACUCCAGAAGUUGUUCGCAUAGCAACAUUUUGAUACAAAUAUUUCUAAAAGCUUUCUUCAAAAUCUAUUUAAAAUCCCCGUUACGAUAAAUUUUACAAACAUACGACAUCUUAUAAUAUGCACUACAUUUAUUGAAAUCCGAGCAUUAAAAGAGUCAGAUGUGCGAUAUAAGUACCCGCAAGUUAACAAGGGAAAAGUGAACUAUUAGAACAAUACAAUAAGGUAGAACAAUAGUUAGAAAUACAAAAUCAGUGUGCAGGCGAACGCUUAUUGUUUUAUAAUUCACUAAUAAAAUGCACUUUUGUUGUUUAAGACAAACGUUUUGUGUUCUCUGCUUGAAUCUGCUAGGUAAUUAAAUUGCAAUCUGAAAACCU